AUGGCCGGGUGGGCCCUCGCGCAGUCGAUGAUCCUUUGGCAGCAAGGUCUUCUACUCCUUGGUAUACUGAACUUUGUGGAGUCCUCUUCAACGUCCACGUUACUACAGCGGUGCAGUUACAAGAACUCGUUCCGCCUCACGAGGUCCACUCGAACCCGUGUGCAGCAGCUGCUAUGGAAAUACAAGGAGCAGCAGCUGGGAGAUGUGGAGUUUGACGACAGAGGCUGGCAGCUGAGUGACCUGCCGUCACUCUCAACAGACUUCUCCGGGUGGCUCCAGUUGGCGGACUGGGACCGGCUGCAUGCCGCUUUCUGGGACAUGCAGUCCUACUGGAUCAUGCUGGAGAGGAAGAGAACGCAGCUGGAGAGGGAGGUGAAAGGUCAGGCGGCCACUCUACCUCAGAGCAUCAAGCACAUUCAGCUGGACUUACGGGAUCUGAUGAGCCAAGUCAGCAGUCAGAUGAGAUUCAUGAGGAACUCUUGGAUCAAGCCGACGCCGCCAGCACUACACCUGACCUCACAAGGAAGUCCCAAAACAGUGUGGGACAGUCGAGUGGAGGGAUUCAUCAUUCUGAGAGACCUCAAUCUUUACCUCACUAAGCUGGCGAGAGACUUUCUCAUACUGGCUUUAAAAACACAGCCAUGA